CAGCGCAGUCGAACAAUGAGAACUGCAACUCAUUGCGCAUUUCUAAUUAUCGCGACGAUAAUAGUCGCCAUAUGUGGAGCCCAAGGAAGGAAGGAGGCGGAACGCCCCUAUAGGCGGAGCUUCAUCAAUCCGUAUCCCCGUUUCCAGUUCUUCGAGGAUGGCGUCGAUCCUGGGGAGCCCCUGUUCCUAACGCCCCUGAUCAACAAUGCCUCCAUUGACAACGCAGAAGUGCAGAAACUGGCCCGAGUCACGGGUUCCCAGUUCCAUGGAGUGGAGAGCUACUCGGGCUACCUGACCGUGGAUGAGGGCUUCAAUUCCAACAUGUUCUUCUGGUACUUCCCUGCCGAGAAGGAACCUGAGUAUGCUCCAGUGGUCCUGUGGCUACAGGGCGGCCCAGGAGCCUCCUCCCUGUUCGGUUUGUUCACGGAAAAUGGUCCCCUGGAGCUGGAUGAGCACGCAAAACUGCAAAAGCGUAACUACACCUGGAGCAAGACCCACAACCUCAUCUUCAUCGACAAUCCCGUGGGCACUGGCUUUAGUUUCACGGAUAACGAUGCGGGUUAUGCCAAAAACGAAAAGGACGUGGGUCGCAAUCUUCACGAGGCUGUGAUGCAGCUGUACGAGCUGUUCGAGUGGCGCAACUCUUCUGGAUUCUGGGUCACCGGGGAGUCCUAUGCGGGCAAGUAUGUGCCUGCGUUGGCCUACCACAUUCACAAGGUGCAGAAUGCCAUCGAAACGCGCGUCUAUGUGCCGCUCAAGGGCGUGGCCAUCGGAAAUGGUCUCUCGGAUCCACUGCAUCAGCUGAAGUAUGGUGACUACCUGUAUCAGCUGGGCCUGAUUGAUGAGCACGGUCUGCAGAGCUUCCACGAUGCCGAAGCAAAGGGAGCCGCCUGCAUUGAAAAGCGCGACAUGGAGUGCGCCUUCGACGUUUUCGAUUCCCUGAUCAAUGGAGAUCUGACCAAUGGUUCGCUGUUCAGCAAUCUGACGGGCUACAAUUGGUACUACAACUACCUGAAGACGCACGACGAUGAUGGCGCCAACUUGGGCAACUUCCUGCAGUCGGGAGCCACCCGUCGAGCAAUUCAUGUGGGCAACAAGCCAUUCCAUGACCUGGACAAGGAGAACAAGGUGGAACUUCACCUGAAGAAGGACGUGAUGGACAGCGUGGCUCCGUGGAUAGCCGAACUGCUGGCCCACUACACGGUUUGCAUCUACAGCGGGCAGCUGGACAUUAUUGUGGCCUAUCCGCUGACUCGCAACUACCUGAACCAUCUCAAGUUUCCCGGCUCGGAAAAGUACAAGGUGGCUCCGCGUGAGAUCUGGCGCAUCGAUGGCGAGGUGGCCGGCUAUGUGAAGCACGCUGGUCAUCUGGUGGAGAUCAUGGUGCGCAAUGCCGGGCAUAUGGCUCCCCAUGAUCAACCCAAGUGGCUGUACGAGAUGAUCAACCACCUUACUCACUACAAGCACUAA